GGGGAGAAGCAGCCGUCAAAGACAUCAAUUGUAUUGUACUAGCGAUCCAAGAAGCAGCCAUGUCGGGAAGAGGAAAGGGAGGCAAGGGAUUGGGAAAGGGAGGUGCCAAGAGGCACAGGAAGGUUCUUCGCGAUAACAUCCAGGGCAUCACGAAGCCAGCCAUUCGCAGGUUGGCGAGGCGUGGCGGGGUGAAGAGAAUCAGCGGCCUCAUCUAUGAGGAGACUCGAGGCGUACUCAAGAUCUUCUUGGAGAAUGUGAUUCGCGAUGCAGUUACGUACGCUGAGCAUGCCAGGAGGAAGACAGUGACGGCAAUGGACGUUGUGUAUUCGUUGAAGAGACAGGGCCGGACUCUGUACGGCUUCGGUGGCUAAGUCUCCGCUAUCUGCUGGCGGUGUACGUGAUCGCCAUUGCCGCCGCUUGUACAGUGGCGUCAAUACAUUAUAUUGGUGUUUUUUAACACCUCCUUCUUAUCUGGACGUUUGUCUUCUCGAUCUGUGCAUGUUCGCCCUCGCGUCCGUCGGUUCCAGGCGUCUUGCAUACGUGAUUUUUAGUGGAUGAUUAUUUUUCUGUGCUACACGAUGGUUAUGUUGACGAUUGGCUUCAGGAACAUCAUGCGUGUGUUUGUGAUGGCGUGGUGAUGCACCUGGUACAAUCCUGCGAUGAGCAGUGUACAGCAGAUUGCAUACGUCAAAGGCCAGGGACAGACCGCCGAGCGGGACGGAUAAAUGACGCCGAAUAUC